UGCAAACAUUGACUAAAAUCUUGGGUGCUAAUGAUUUAAGUCCAAAGAUCAGCAGCCGGCAACUUCGUGAAAAAGAAUGGCAAGCUCGUUUUUAAAAGCCGUGAAAUUUACACGGUUACGGAGUCCAUGCAUACUAGCACAAAGAAAUUGGUUCAGCACGACAGCAGGUUUACAAAAGCAUCUUAAAUAUGAAAUUAAAGAUGAUGUUGCUGUAAUUACAUUUGACACGCCAGAUUCAAAGGUUAAUGCUCUGUCAAAAGAUGUCCAGACAGAAUUUGAGGAGUGCUUCAACAAGGCCACCCGGGAUCCCAAUGUCCACAGCAUGGUCGUCAAGUCGGGGAAACCAGGCUGCUUUAUUGCAGGGGCAGACAUUGGGAUGCUGGAAGCUUGUAAAACUGCUGAGGAAGUAGAGACGCUGUCUAAAAAUGGACAGGCAUUAUUCCAGAAAAUGGAAGACAGCAAGAAGCCAAUAGUAGCUGCCAUCAUGGGAACAUGUCUGGGAGGAGGUCUGGAGGUUGCCUUGGCCUGUCAGUACAGAAUUGCUGUGAAGAACAAGAAGACAGCUCUGGGUGCCCCUGAAGUGAUGCUGGGUCUGUUACCAGGUGCCGGAGGAACUCAGAGACUCCCAAAACUGGUACCACUGCAAACUGCCCUAGACAUGGUGCUGACCGGGAAAAAUAUCAAACCAGACAAAGCCAAGAAACUGGGCCUCGUCGACCACCUUGUAGAUCCUUUAGGCCCUGGUGUAGAUGACCCUGAGGUCAGGACCCUGGCUUACCUGGAGGACGUUGCCAUUGGAGAGGCCAAACGGCUAGCAACAUCCAGCAACCCACGACCUGUCAAAAAGAAGAAGUUAAUGGACAAGGUCAUAGAUUUGGUGCUUGCUGUGCCUUUCACAAGAGAUUACUUUUUCGACAAAGUCAAACAAACAGUUGUGAAGAAGACAAAGGGACUUUAUCCUGCUCCACUUAAAAUCAUAGAUGUUGUGAAAAAUGGCAUUGAAAAUCCGUCCACCGGAUAUGAAAUGGAGGCUAAGUGUUUUGGAGAGUUGGCAAUGACUACAGAAUCCAAGGCUCUGAUUGGUCUAUACAAUGGAACCACGGCCUGUAAGAAGAACAAAUAUGGUUCCCCCAGCCGUCCAUCACAAACAAUUGGGGUCCUGGGUGCUGGGUUGAUGGGAGCUGGUAUAGCUCAGGUCUCCAUUGACAAGAACAUGCAUGUGUUACUGAAGGACAUGUCUCUGGCCGGGCUGGCGAGGGGUGAGGAACAAAUCAUCAAGGGUCUCCAGCUGGACACAAAGAAGAGGAAGAUCACCAGCUUUGAGAGAGAUUUAAUUUACUCCAAUCUGGAUGCUACGUUGUCUUACGAUGACUUCCACAAGUGUGACAUGGUGAUUGAGGCUGUGUUUGAGGAUCUGAACAUCAAGCACCACGUCAUCAAAGAGGUCGAACAGUAUAUUCCAGAGCACUGUGUAUUUGCCUCCAACACAUCAGCUCUGCCUAUCAGCAAGAUAGCUACAGCCAGUAAAAGACCAGAGAAGAUAAUUGGAAUGCACUACUUCUCACCUGUUGAUAAAAUGCAGCUUUUAGAAAUUAUCACAACACCUGAAACGUCUAAAGACACAGUAGCCACCGCUGUGGAUGUAGGGCUCCGUCAGGGGAAGCUGGUAAUCAUUGUGGGAGACGGUCCCGGCUUCUACACCACCAGGAUCCUGGCCCCUAUGUUAGCUGAGGCCGUCCGACUUCUCCAGGAGGGAGUGAACCCCCAGCAGCUGGACAAGGUGACCACAGGGUUUGGCUGGCCAGUGGGUAUGGCCACGCUGGCUGAUGAAGUGGGCAUUGAUGUGGCAGCUCAUGUUGCCGAGGAUCUUGGGAAGGCUUUUGGAAGUCGAUUUGGAGGAGGUGAUCCAGCUGUCCUGAAAGAAAUGGUUGCCGCUGGACUCCUAGGAAGAAAGUCUGGUAAAGGAUGCUUUGUGUAUGACCCCAGUAAAGGUAAAAAGAAGGGGAAAACAGAAAACAUGGAGGCCCUGGCCAUCUUAAACCAGCACCGCCUGACCCCCACCUCAGCAAACACAACAGAAGACUACCAGUACAGACUGUUCUCUAGAUUCGUCAAUGAAGCCAUCAUGUGUCUACAGGAAGGCAUUCUUACUACACCUUUGGAGGGAGAUAUUGGAGCUGUCUUUGGUCUGGGAUUCCCUCCAUUUUUCGGAGGCCCCUUCCGUUACAUUGACCUCCACGGAGCCGGACAACUGGUGGACAGGAUGAGGCGGUAUGAACAAAUCUACGGCGAACAAUUCACACCCUGCCAGCUGUUACUGGAUCACGCGAAAGACUCCUCCAAGAAAUUCCAUUCAUCAAAGUGAACUCUUCAUUCAGCAUAAUUAGACUGAUCAACUUACUAGUGAUCACAUGACUGAUCAUGUGAGCAUGGACCGGGUCAUGUGAUGACAUUGUGAUAUAUCUGUUCUCAUUAACUUCUCAUUGACUAUUUGAUUGUUGGGAAAAACCUUCAUAAUAGUAUGCAUUAUGAAUAUUCAUAUUUAUAAAUAAAUUUAUUUAUAAAACAUU